ACCAAGCUUCUUCCCCUCGCACUCACUAGACCAUGCAUUCGCCGGAAUCGGAGCAGGCGUCGUGGCCGUGCUAUGCAUGCACCCCCUCGACCUCCUCAAAGUAAAGUUUCAAGUCGCGACAGAAGAGCCAAAAGGAAAUGUUGGGCAGCAAAUAUGGCUUGCUUUGAAGGGCAUCAAACAUAACGAGGGUUGGAGAGGGCUUUAUCGCGGCGUAGGGCCGAACAUUGCUGGAAACGCGAGCAGUUGGGGGCUAUACUUUCUUUUCUAUAACGACCUGAAACGGAGGGCUACGAAUAAUGGGACGGGUCCACCACUCUCGGCGGGGCAAUACCUCCUCUGCUCAGCACAAGCGAGCGCCGUAACAGCCGUAAUCACCAACCCAAUAUGGGUCGUCAAAGUGCGCAUGUUCACCUCCCGUGCUGAUAAUCCUACAGCAUAUCGCGGCCUAUGGGACGGUUUUAGAACAAUAUAUCGCUCCGAGGGGAUACGCGGGCUCUAUCGCGGCACUCUUCUUGCGCUCGUGGGCGUAAGUAACGGUGCGGUGCAGUUCAUGAUGUAUGAGGAGAUGAAGAAGUGGGGGUUUGAACGUAAACGAAGACGAAUGGAGAGGGAGGGGAAGGCAUAUACGGCUUCGGAUGACCAUCUCUCGAAUACGUCGUACACCGUCAUGUCCGGUGGUUCGAAGCUUGCGGCUCUGACAUUAACGUACCCAUACCAAGUUAUCCGAUCGCGCAUGCAGAACACAACCCCCGUCACCUCAACAUCCCAAAAUUCCACCAUAAUCUCCACCAUCAAACACACCUAUCGCAACGAAGGCCCACGCGGUUUCUACCGCGGACUCGGGACGAAUCUCGUUCGCGUCCUUCCCGGGACCUGUGUCACGUUCGUGUGUUAUGAGAACUUGGCGUGGUUAUUGAAGAGGGCGGCGGCGCGGAGAGAGGAGAGAGCGGAAGGGUCGUCGUAGCUGUGAGCUGGGUGUUGUACCGAUGCUGGGUUGUGCUACGAGCGCGUGAUGAAGAUGGGUUUGCGAGUCCAGCUGCGUGAGGAUGGUAGGAUCGUCCUCGCUUUCCCCCCCUUGAUUGACUUAUCGCUUAGAUACUUAUUACUGUACAGUUUCUAGAGAUUUUCAAACCAACACGACUUGCCUUUU